AUGGCAGACGUCGUCCAGGAGGCGCAAGCUCCCCUCGGAGCGGCACCUCAGCGUCCCUUGCUCUCACCAGGUGCCCCCACAUCGGCGGCCGCAGCGGCGACCGCAGCUGCGGCGGCGGUUGCGGACGCCGCCGCGCGCGCGCGCGCCAGCAGCAGCAGCGGCUCAGGCAGCCCUGGGGCGGAGGCCUUCGGCCCGCUGCUCGGAUCCCCGGACUGCCCCUCCGACCAUGGCAAGUCUUGCUUGCCGGCCCAUGGCAGGACGGCUGCGGGCCUGAAGGGGUCGCUCGCAGCGGCAGAUUGGAUGGAUGAGGAAGGGGAGGAGGAGCACGAGGGCAGGGCAUGGCAGUCGCAUUCGGGGGCCAGCGGCGGGGAGGGGAGGCGAUCAGAUCAUGCGCUGGGCGAGGAUGAGGAGAGCUUGCAACUCAGCGGCGACGGCAGCGGCGGCGGCGGCGAUGAUGGUGCUGCGUGCGAGCCCGACAGCGGCGGCGCCCAUCCUGCCGGCAGCGUCUGGCAGACGCUCCAGCGCUUCAUCCCCAGUGCCGGAAUCAACGUGUCCAAGGUCAUGGUCGCCACCUGGUUCCCCGGCGUGCCCCUGCCGCUCGACAUCAGCCUGCAGCUGGAGGUGGACGGGCGGCCCUGGGGCGACAGGUUUGUCAGCCGCAUCACGCCGGCGCUGAACCUGAAUAUGGGCCUCCGCGCGGCCGGCGCGGGCCUGGAGGGGUGCGUCGUCACCGCGCUCCGGCGCGCGCGCGGCGCGGGCGCGCUCGACCUGCUGCUGACGCGCGCGAGCGGCGACCCGCGCCUGGAGGCGCGGCGCACGGCAAAGCGGCGCGGCGGCAGCCUCGGCGGCGGCGGCGAGUGGGGCGGCGGGAAGCGGCGCAGGGGCGCCGAGGCGCGGCCGGCGGAGGGGGGCGCCACCUGGCCCGUGGUGCGUGCGGCGGAGGACCCGUGGCGACUGGGACGGCCGUGA